CAGCAAGCAACUUCAGAUUAGAGAGAGGGCAAGGGAGAGCCGAUUCACGACAUUUAAUACCAAACCAAUACAAAGUCUUCACUUUUGAAAUUCUGAAGCUAAGGAAAACACAAGAACCCUACUUGUGUUUCUACUGUGAACAAGUUUAUGUUGCGGGAACAUUAAUUAACUCGGUGGACUGAGCAAUGCUGUUUGGAUUGAAUAAAAUAAGUGUACAGGCAGUAUCGUACUUGAAAAACAGAACAAACUGAAGAGCGAUAUAACAAAACGAAGCAAACAAGUUGAAAACGAUGAAACAUAACCACGGGAAGUGUAAACGUUGUGCAGCCUGGAUAAGUCUGUCUAGCCUCUUUUAGAAAUGCGUUUGGUAUUUGCAGCUCCCAAUGCAGAAAGAGUCAUCCGAGCAAGCGGAGUUACUGUUCGCGGAGCGUUUAGUUACUAAAUAGCAAAGAAGCGGGGAUCAAUUAACAAAUAAUAAUUGAGUAAAGAGACAAGCGCAUUCAUUUAUGUUGAACGGAGAAUAACAAUGUUUUCCUGAAAUUAAGCAAAAGAAAAGGGGGCGUGGAAAACUAAAAAAAACGACAGUCCUGGACAAGAGGACAUUUGUAAAAGCGUGCAACUUCUGAUAUGGUUGUCUGCAGCCUAAACUUGGGAUGGGACCUGAAUUGUGCUUACGAAAACAAAACAAAAGUGAGUGGACGAGUUAAGGCAUCAGAAAAGCACAUUAUUUAUGUAUUGCAUUGAAUGGCUGGAUGUACAACACUUAUCUAUAAUCGCAUACAGGAGGCGGUUUUUAAAAAAAAAAAAAUAACAACAUCGACCAGGUGUUAUGUUGAAAACGAAAAAAAAAAAAAAAUGUGACGAGGAAAGCAUUUUUCAAAGAUGGUUUAUAUGAGUGAACUGCGAGCAAAUGUGUACGCACGCUAGUUUGGAGAAGUUAAUGUUAAUAUACCAAUUGUUGAUUCUCGUGCUGUUAACGCGUUGUUGAUAAUUCUGAACUGCCAAAAACGUGGAUUACCUGCAUCUAGCCUGGACAAAUGCAUGCAGGCUAACUACUCGGAACUCUAUACUCUAAAUUAUCUUGGACAAAUGGCUGUUUUUGACCAAGUCGGAAUAGUCGUUUUUUAAUAUUUCAAAUUGCAUUUGUAAUUUAUUAUCAGCUGCUGAAUUUGAUAUUGUCAAUUAAACGAAAUUUGAAAAUGAAGGACAGAAAAAGCAAAAUGUGAUGGAUACAAAUUAGGCAACAUUUUGUCCCCAGGCAUUAUAGCCAACCGGGAAAUCACACCUCAUUUGUUUUUUAUUUAUUUUUUAUUCUGACAUAACCAAAUCACUAUACAUACAAAUCAAUCGUGCGAUAAGAGAGUUAAAAAAAAAAAAAAAUCACAUUACAACAGUCGCACUGCAUUGCAAGAAUUAUAAUCGCAAUGAUGAGUACCAAUAUCGUAUACGAGUGGCUGAAGACUCUCCAGCUCUGUCAAUAUGCAGAAUCCUUUGUGGAUAAUGGCUAUGAUGAUUUGGAAGUGUGUAAGCAGAUUGGCGACCCUGACCUGGAUGCUAUUGGGGUCUUCUUGCCUCAUCACAGGAAAAAAAUUCACGAUGCAGUGAAGAGGUUAAAAGAAGAGGAGAAAGAAACGGCUACAGGACUGUACUUUACCCUGGAGCCCGAGAUACCCCCCAUUCUGGGAAUCUACACCUGCCACACGAUGGAGCAAUACGAUGUCAAAGUGAGGGGGGCCAAAUCUUAUACUGAACACAAAGUCGCGAAGGUCGAGAGGAGCCCUGGAUGUCAGGGCACAAACAGGAACCACCAGCAUGGCACUUCCAAAGAGCUGGUCACUUACCCCAAACUGAAGCUAAAGAUCAUGAUCAGAGAUAAACUGACCCGCGAUGGAGUAAAUCUCAGUAAACCGCCCUAUUCGAAUAAGGAUGGUUCAUUGGGAAACAUUGAUGACCUGGCCCAGCAGUACUCUGAGUAUUACAACACCUGUUUCAGCGACGUAUGUGAGAGGAUGGAGGAGCUACGCAGACGGAGAGUGUCUCAGGAAAUUGACGUGGAGAAACCUGAUUCCAGCACCAUGUCACUCCAGCUCCGAUCCCAGAUUGAAGAGUCUCUUGGUUUUAGCAGCACAGUGUCCACGCCAGAAGCUGAGAGGAAGGUGUCCCUUCACAAGUCAAGCUCUGAAGAUGGAUCAGUAGGAAAGGGGGACUGCAAGAAGAAAAACAAGUCCUUCUGGCAGAAUUUUCGCAAGUCACAGAAGGGAGUCAUGCGGCAGACUUCAAAAGGAGAGGACAUUGGGUAUGUGGCCAGUGAGAUCACAAUGAGUGAUGAAGAGCGGAUUCAACUCAUGAUGAUGGUGAAAGAGAAGAUGAUAACUGUAGAGGAGGCCCUGGCCAGGUUGAAGGAGUAUGAGACCCAGAGCAGACAGCCCAGCAGUACUGACAAUGCAGAAUGGGUCGAUGGAUCCAAUGCAAAUAUAACCGAGUCUUCAAACUGCAAUUCCCGAGAGCAGUCUGAUGAUGAAACUGAAGAGUCAGUGAAGUUUAGGCGGUUGCACAAGCUGGUGAAUUCCACCCGCAGAGUGAGAAAGAAACUGAUUAAAGUGGAAGAAAUGAAAAAGCCCAGCACAGAAGAUCUGUGUUUUGAGAGCUCCCCCAUGUGUGAGGACAGCUCUGCGCUCUACACAGGGGUGCAGAAGAAGCCCCAUCUCCCCCAAGAGGACUCCUUGUCUCCCCUGCAGCAGCUCUCCUUUGAGGAGGACUCGGACAGCCUGACUACCUCGCCCUCCUCCAGCAGCCUGGACACCUGGUCGGGCCACAAGCUGGUCAAGACCUUUGGCAAGUCCAGUAGCAGUCACGGCCUUAUCCAGCUGUCUAAGAAAUCUGGAAGCGGCUCUUCCUUCUCCUCUGGAGUAGAGGGCUGUGGCGAGGAGGACCAGGUUCAGAAGGUGUCACGUUCCAUGACAGACGGCGAGAUGAGGAAGGCCUUGAGCCCAAUAAACCAUGCGAGAACCUGUAGCUUUGGAGGAUUUGACUUGACAAAUAGAUCACUUCAGAUCGCAAACAAUGGCUGUGAACAAACAGAAGCGAUUUACAGGGAAGUAGUGAAGUCUCCCACCACAUCCAGGUUAUCCCUUGGUAAGAAGGUGAAGUCUGUGAAAGAGACGAUGAGGAAACGAAUGUCCAAAAAGUACAGCAGCCCCGCAUCUGAACAGGAGUCAAAUCUUGAUGGGAUGCCCAGUUCCCCUCAGUCCCAAGAUUUGCCAGUCACAGAUUCGCUGGAGAAGCCCAAGCUGAAGGCCGGAGGGUCUGUGGAGAGUCUGAGGAGCUCUCUAAGUGGGCAGAGUUCAAUGAGCGGUCAGACAGUGAGCACAACGGACUCUUCCGCCAGCAACAGGGAGAGUGUGAAGUCUGAAGACGGUGAUGACGAGGAGCCCCCCUACAGGGGUCCGUUCUGCGGCCGAGCCCGGGUCCACACAGACUUCACUCCCAGCCCCUAUGACUCCGACUCCCUCAAACUCAAGAAAGGAGAUGUCAUUGACAUAAUCAGCAAGCCUCCCAUGGGCACCUGGAUGGGUCUGCUGAACAACAAGGUGGGGACGUUCAAGUUCAUCUACGUGGACGUGCUGAGCGAGGAGGAGGAGAAACCCAAGAGGCCAGUGCGGAGGAGGAGGAAGGGCCGCCCCCCUAAACCCAAGUCAGUGGAGGAUCUCCUGGAGCGCAUCAACCUCAAGGAGCACAUGCCAACUUUCCUGUUCAACGGCUAUGAGGAUCUAGACACUUUCAAGCUGCUGGAAGAGGAGGAUCUGGGUGAGCUGAACAUCAGCGACCCUGAACACAGAGCCGUUCUGAUGACUGCUGUGGAGCUGCUGCAGGAAUAUGACAGUAAUAGUGAUGUGGAGAAAAGCUCUCACUCAGGCUCCCAGGAGACACUCCUGUCAGAUGGGCAAGGCCUGACUGGGGAGUCUCCCCGGGACUCUGGCUGCUACGAGAGCAGUGAAAACCUGGAGAACGGUAAGAUCAGAAAAAAUCUGUUGUCCACCAAAUCCUCUGCAGAACCUGUAUCAAACAGCCACCAGUUGGUCAACUACCCCACUCUUCCACCGACAAAUUCCACCAAGGCCUUGCAGCAUACCAAGAAGGAGUGCAAGUUCAGCAAGCGGCAUUUCCCCAAGCCUUCCGUCAAGUCCUUCAACAUCCUCAGCUUGAAGAAGAACCGCCGCAGUCUGCUGGUGCCUGUGAGCCGCAGCUGUGAGAAUCUGGGCGGACAGCAGUUGGCUCAGGACCUGUGGAAACGUUCUCGCUCGCUAGGGGACCUCCAUAGUGAGCAGAGCUCUGAGAGCAAGAAAAUCCAUAGUUUGGAGUUCAAAGUAGCUAGGCCCAUCAGUAUUUGUGCAGACACUUUGUGCGACCAGGGCAGCAGAAGGCAAUCCCCCAGCACUACCGGAGGGGGAGAAACUGAACCGAACUCAUAUUUGAAUACAAUAGAACUAGAUACAAACUGUGACCCUCAGUCGCACGUAGCUUUACAGAACUCCGUAAUCAUGAGUGAUUCAGAGCUCACCAAGACUGACCCAGAAGAAUCUAGAAGCCCAGUCCCCCAGGCACAAGCCCCAGAGAAGAACGAAGUGAGGUGCGACACAAAGACACAUUCCAAAAAGCCAUUGCAGCCUCCUCCAGUUCCUGACAAGAAAUGCAGGGAACGCUUAGCUAAUGGCCUUCAUCAUCCAACCCUGAUCCUCCCUACUGCAGAUGCACUCUCUUUACCCUUAAAAAAGGCCAGUUCUUCUAGUCCAAUUGACUGUAGACCACCCUUUGCCUCUCCCGAGGAGGAGCCAGGCACCCCCCCAGCUACACGGCCACCUUGGCUCUCUGAUCUCCCAGAGACAGCUUGUCUGCAGAUGCAUGGUGUCAGAUUGGGCCCAGCCUUGGGAAGGAAGAUCCCCCACACAAGGGUGGCUGACCUAGAAAUGCUGCUUGAGGAAAGGUUAGAGUCUGAGGGGAUCGAUCUCACUGAGGAGCCUUAUUCAGACAAGCAUGGUCGCUGUGGCAUUCCAGAAUCCCUGGUGCAGAGGUAUGCUGAAGACCUGGAGCAGCCUGUUAACGAUGUGGCUUCAAACAUGGACCGAGUUCGGGUGAAGCAGCUUCGGAAACAGCACCGCAUGGCGAUCCCCUCUGGAGGUCUAACUGAAAUCUGCCGGAAGCCUGUGACCCCGGGACAUCUCAACUCAGUCUCUGAUUGGCUGGUUUCUAUCGGACUGCCCAUGUACUUAAACUUGCUCACAGCAGCAGGAUAUGACACGCUGAACCAAAUAGCCUCCCUGACAGAGACUCAUUUCCAGGAAGCUGGCGUCAAGGAGGAACGACACGUAAACAGGCUGUUAGCAGGGGCUAGGCUGGUGCAAUCUGACGAUGCUCAGUUAUAACGAAAAAACAGGGACUUCAACUUUUGUUUCUUGUUUAGUUUUCUUUUCUGGUGUUUACUGCAUCACCUGACUGGCAAGUAUAAACAUGGGAGGCCUUGUAAAGACUGAUUUUUUUGUUUUUGUUUUUUUAAAUGUUUCCUUUAGAAACAAGUGCUUGCUCAAUAGGGAAGACGGGAACUGCCUUGUGGGUUAAUAAAAGUACUUCAUAUGAGUCUCUUUUGCUUGUUGUAGCACUAGUAAGCAACAAGAGGCGUUAGCUAAGCAAGCUUUUUCUUCAUUCCUACUUAAUUUACAGCUUUUGUAGUUCCAGCUAGUUAAACAAAGCUGGUGGUACAGUACUAAUUAUCCUGUGUCUGCAAUGAAUCAAGUAUAUUGUCUUGCUAUAUACAACACAUUUUUACUUUGCCAUACAAACAAAUAUGUAAAAUCAAUAUAGUGAAUAUAUACACAUGUAAUCAGUUUUUUUAAUUAGCAGAAUGUACUGCGAAAUCCAUCUACUUAUUAUUUUACCAAGAUUGAUUUCAAUAUAGGAGCUAUUUGUGAUGUAUCUGUUUUACUAUGUGUGUAAAAUAGUUUUAUUCUGCUAUUCAUUUAGUCAGUGUUCAUAUGUAGUCAGACAUGGCAAAUCUGACAAGGUUUCCAAUGCUUGGAGAACUAAUUUAACUGACUACAUUCUACUGAAUUAAUAACAUGUACGCUUGGUGCCGUGGAUAUUAAAGUAGUUUACUGUAGAACUGCAUCAAUAAGUACAUUUGUUAGCCAUGACUUUCUAUACUGGCCAUGAUUUACAAAAUAUGAUGGGCAUUAUAGAGGAAACGACAGAGGUAAGUGUGAAUAAUAUUAUUCGCUUCAGUUUUAACUGAAGACAGUAAACUUGAUUUGCAUAUUUUUCAAAAUAAUUUAGGCCAAUGUUUACAGAAUUAUUACAGAUAAGUAAAAACUUGAAGUAUUUAGGGAAAUCAGCUGAAAUUGUGUCUCCCCCCUAUCCACCCCCCAACCCCCAAAAAAAGAAAAAGUGUCUUUUAAGCAAGUCACUAUUUCAAAGACUAUGUUGUUCAGGUUUACCAUAAACUCCCAUUUAGGGAAUUUCAAAAGAUGCUUCUAGAAGCGUGUUUGUGGUCUGUGGAUAAUAACCCAAUGUAAAGUGUAAAAUGUUGUAUUAUACAUUAUGCCAGUGAACUGCCACAUAGUAUUACUAGGAUAUGAAUAGUGAAAUAUACAUCUCAUUUCCAAGGAUGUUCUAACAACAUGGCGGCCAUACAGUUACCUCACAAUCAGCUUCCAUUAUAACUGGUGCGGUAUAACACAAAAUCUAAAAGCAGAGACACAUAGUUCAAAUUUAAGGAGCUUAAACCACGAGCCCUCCUGGAGGCACGAAUCGUCUGUGGGAACCUCAUUUUAACAGCUUCAAUAGUCUUUUUUUGAAUAGUCAUUUUACUUAUUUAUAAUGUUUGCCUGUUUUAAAAUGUUUCAUUGCCACAUUGUUUGAAUAUAAUAAAGGAGUCUGUUCAGUGUUGGCAGUGUAUCUCUAAGCAAUCGCAAUGCUAGGUAAAGACGGAUAUAAAAAAAAACAAGAACUCAACAUUGGAGCAACAGAACCUAAAACUAUCAAAGUAUUUUGGAAACAUCAUAAAAAAAAGGUAAUUAAAAUGACAUUUUUAAACUGCUUAAGAAACUGAAACUUGUUUAGGUAUCAUAAGGGUAAUAAUAUAUAUGUAAUACCUAUAUUUCAAUUAAUUAAGACAAAUACCACAGAUGCUUUAGAUGUUGUAACUAGAUAAUUAAUAUGAAGACACCUGGUAGAACACCUGUCUUCUGUGAGGUGUGACUGUAGCCUAACUAUGCCGUUAGCUGUGUGGUGUUUGCUGACUUAGCCAGUGUGUGUUACCUCACUGCUGUGUAUCUUAAAACAAAGGCUUUAACUGCCAUUGCCAAGAAAUACAACACCUUUGACAUCUUGAUUGAGAUCCGGAAUGCCACCACAUUUGUGUCAAAAGCUGGGCAAAAACAAAGAAAAAACAAACAAACAUGUUCAAACUUUUUAAACUAGCAAAUGUUUUAGGAAAUGAGCUUUGCCUUUGAUUUCUUGCUUUUCAUUUCCAGGUUUUAAGACCACCGUUUAAAACUUGUGGUAACUGGAUUAGUGAAAAGUGAUCCUUUUCCUGCAGAUAGUAACACCACUAGCCCGUUCCUUUUAUUUCUUUAUAAAUGGUUAGCAGUUUUUAAAAUGUGUUCUGCUCUAUAAAUUCAAACAAAGGGCAGUUACAAAUAAAAUAAACCAAUCCCAUCCAAAAUUAAAACAAUAGCUUAAUUCAAGGGUGAUAGUGUAAUGUACCAUAUGUUAAAAGAUUGUUACAUGUCAUAUUUUAGGUUUAUUUAGAAAAUUUUACCUACUUGUCUUGCUAAAGAGCAGUUUACCUUGGUUGGCAUUCUGCUGUGCAAAUGUAAUGGAAUGACUUCCUAAUAAUACUCUGCUCUGGUAAACUUUUAUUUCCAAAUAACUGUUACAAGCCUUGUUAAGCCCUAAUACAUUUAUGUAAUAACUAACAAAUGUUGCACAUUCUGUAUAUUAAAUUGAUAUUUAAAUAA